AUACAAAAUGACUGCAGAAUUCAUGCCUGUGUACUUAGCACUUUUCCUUGGAUUAUACUUUUCUCUUAAACUUUUAUGGAUCUCCAUUUUUAAACAUAAGUCUCCAGAUUCGCAGUUGCCUAAGGGGAACAUGGGGUGGCCACUAGUCGGAGAAACACUCGCUUUUCUUAAGCCUCAUAAAUCGAACUCCAUUAGCAACUUUUUACAAGAACAUUGUUCCAGAUAUGGGAAAGUUUUUAAAUCCCAUCUUUUUGGUACUCCAACAAUAGUUUCGUGUGAUCUCGAACUCAAUAUAUUCAUUCUGCAAAAUGAAGAGAGGCUAUUUCUGAGCAGCUAUCCCAAACCAGUACAGGAUAUUCUUGGAAAAUUAUCAAUGAUGCAUGUAUCAGGAGAACUACACAAAAAGCUGAGAAGCGUUGCGAUUAGUUUUAUUAAUGUUUCGAAGUCGAGGCAUGAAUUUCUUCAUUAUGUGGAGAAGUUAUCGCUCUCAUUGAUCGGAUCCUGGAAAGAAAAGAAGCGGAUUCUCUUCUUUAAAGAGGCCAAAGAGGCUAGAACAAGAAUAUCAUCAACUUUAAUGGAAAUGAUAAAAAAGAGGAGAAAAUUUGGUUCAGGGCAAGUUAAUGGAGACUUUUUAGAUGAUAUCUUGAUGAAAGAAUGUUUAAAUGAUGAAGAAAGAGCAAGUGUUUUGCUGGACCUUUUUCUAGCUGGUUAUGAAACCACUUCGGGACUUAUAGCCCUCAUCGUGUACUCUCUCAAACAAGCUCCAUUAGCCCUUCAACGACUCAAGGAAGAACACCAAACCAUAAGAAAGAGAAAGAAGGAUGGAGACGCACUAAAUUUUGAAGACUACAAGGAAAUGGAGUUCGCUUCUUAUGUAAUUAAUGAAACUUUGCGUUAUGGAAAUCUAGUCAAAUUUGUGCACAGGAAAGCGGUCAAAGAUGUCAAAUUUAAAGAUUAUCUGAUUCCGGCAGGGUGGCAAGUUCUGCCCAUCUUCUCUGCAACACAUCUUGACCCAACUCUUCAUCACAAUCCUUUCGAGUUCAAUCCUCAUAGAUGGACAGAUCCCGCAACGAGCAAAAAGGUGACGCCCUUUGGUGGGGGAUUGCGGUAUUGUCCGGGGAUGGAAAUAGGUAAACUGGAGACGGCUUUCUUCCUACACCAUUUUGUGCUUAAUUUUAGGUGGAAAUUGAAAGAAGACGAUUAUCCAAUGUCGUGCCCUUACAUGGAAUUCAAAGGGGGUUUGGAACUCGAGUUAGAGCUCAUUGAGAAGAAUAAAGGCUGAUGCCAUUUAAUAUUUUUGAAUGUAGAAAUAAGUAACAUUCUUGGAAUAGCUUAUUUUAUGUACCUUAAUUAUUAUGGGUGCCUAAUGAAUGUAAUGAAUGAAAUUUUCAACAGUAUGAUAGUUUACUUUCUUAUUUUUA